GCGACUCGAAUCACCGCUUCAAUCUGCCCAACGGUACCGACUCAGUGCUCAUCCAGGGCUCCACCGUGACCCAAGAGCGAUUCAAAGAUCCGGUUCUUCCUCGUCUCCCCGUUCCGUGUCGAGACUCUAGGGUUUAUGGAGGGUUUACACUUGACACAGUGGAGGUGAAGCUGGAGCUGAGAGAGACAGAGAGAGAUGCUGAGGUCGAGCUCGGCUCUUCGUCUCUUGACACCCAGAGGUUCAGGGUCGGCUUUUUGCACGUCUGCUUCGGAGAAAAUUGUGGCCGCCGUGCUCUUCGAGAGGUUGCCCGUUGUCAUCCCCAAGAUCCACCCCGCCGUUUACGCCUUCCAAGAAUUCUCGUUCCGCUGGCGACAGCAAUACCGGCGGCAGUAUCCGGAUGAGGUCUUAGGGAAAUCGGAUGCCAGGGGCAGAGGUGAUUAUCAAAUAGACUACGUACCAGCUCCACGAAUAACUGAAGCUGACAAAACCAAUGAUCGAAAAUCAUUACAAAGGGCACUUGACAGAAGAUUGUACCUCCUACUGUAUGGUACUUCAUAUGGAAUGCCACCCGAUAAGCCAGUCUGGCACUUCCCAGAAAAGGUCUAUGAAAAUGGGGAAACACUACGCUUGUGUGCAGAAUCAGCAUUAACAUCCGUCCUUGGAGAUCUAUCACACACAUACUUUGUUGGCAAUGCUCCUUUUGCACAUAUGGUCAUAAAUCCAACUGAAUCUGAACCUGGACUUCCAGAUUUUAAGAGGUUCUUUUUCAAAUCACAAGUCAUUGCGACCAAUAAGUUUAAUAUCAGGAAAUGUGAGGAUCACGUCUGGGUAACAAAAGAUGAACUGAUGGAAUAUUUUCCAGAACAAGCGCCAUUUCUUAACAAGAUGAUCAUCAGCUGAGCAAACGGCAGUGAAAGCAUAUCUCAGUGGACAGGAGGCCUUUGUAUACGUUGGGGCAUCUGGUAUUCAAGUUUCAGCAGUUUGUCGGACUCUGAUGCUGACGGAAGUUACCUGGUCUCUGGAAGUCAAGAUCUGGAUCUCAAUUCAUCAGUUCCAUUGAGUGUAGUUGCGCUAUGUCUAAACCAUUUUUUGUUCAAUUCCUUGAUGAUGCUCAUCAGUUUUGGCAACCAUAGUAUUUUCAGCAGCGCUUUCACAUGAUGUUGCUGUUUCUCUUAACACAGUCCCAGAAUAAUGUAACUGAUUACUUGGUGCAAUGCACUAAUGCAGGCUUGGUGACUUUUUGUUUA